GAUCAGACUGAUAUAUAAAUUGAAAAUGGCGUCGUUUUGCCGAUUAGAUGAAUUUAAGAUUAUUUUAUCCGUGAUCCUGUUUUAAAUUAAACAGAUACUUUUUAAGACGUGAACAUUUUUUUUACUCGAACUUUGUGGUUUCGUUUCUUUUCGUUUUGUUUUGUGUGUGGAAGCUGUGCUGUUCCCUUGAUGGGAGAUUCUUUGAAUGUGGUGUUGUAUUUAACUGUGUUUACAUGAAUUCGUCGCGGGUAUUUCGUUCACGAUGCUGCCAACGGUGGAGGAGAGUCGGGGGUACGACUUCCAGGACCCCGAGAACGUCGGCAAAUGGAAGGGCUUGUUCCUCAAUUCAUUUAGAAAGAUAUUGGAGAACCUUCACCCAACAUUAACGGCGGAGGAGAGUGCGCUGGAGUUCGUCGAGUCGCUCUGCCUUAGGCUGCUGUCCAUGUUAUGCGCUAUACCAGCACCAGUCACUAUACAGGACGUCGAAGAGAGGGUGGCACGUACGUUUCCAAACCCGCUGGACAGGUGGGCGCUCCUAGAGGCGAGGGAUGUGCAGAAGCGCAGGAAGCUCCUGCUGCCAGUUGAAAAACUGCAUCAUUUGUUGCAAAAGGAGGUGCUGCCGCAUAAAAUCGACGUGUCCGUAACGAGUUUCAUGAUAGCCAUCUUGGAGUACAUAAGCACGGAUGUACUGAGGCUCUCCGGAACGUUCGUUAAAGAGAUAUCGCAGAAGUCUGGAUACCAGGUUAUAGAGAGUGGCGAUAUAAAGACAGCUAUGUGCGCUGAUAAGUUCCAACCUGCGUUCUCAUUUGCGUUAAUUCAGUACGAAUAUAACGUUACAGAAUUGGCGGAAGUGGAGGAGUUCCGCGCGUACGUGCGCUACGCGAACAUCGUCACGCGGAAGGAGUCGAGGGACGCGCUGCAGAGGAUCGUGGAUGACCCUGAGCUCGCGGAACGGCUCGACACGGCCGGCCACGGGUUCCGUCUCGCCGUCAAGUACUACCUGCCGAAGUUGCUGCUGACGCCGGUGUCGCACGUUUUCCUCUACCACAGCUACGUGCUGGCGCUACUGCAAAUAGCGCCGACCAGUGAUGACAGGGAGAGCUUUAAGCAGGUGGAAUGUAAUCUACAUCCAAUAAAGAAAUUAUUAACGAAAGCAUUAGGAAAUGGACCAAAAAUCGACACAGCAAUACGCGGCGCCGCGAGAGCGAGACGGCAGCUCGCGAUAGAGAAGUGCAACGAGCUCGGCAAGAUCAUAGACAACUGGGACACGCGCGACGUGCCGCAGUGCUGCAACGAGUUCUAUAGGGAGGACACUCUGUCGAAGCUCGGCCCGGGCAAGCGCGUGGCGGAGCGGCGCGCUUUUUUAUUCGACGGCCUGCUGUUGCUCUGCAAGCCCAUCACCAGCAUUGUGACUGUGAACAGCAGCACAGCGGCGGGCGGACCGCCGCAGCUGAAGCUGAAGGAGAAGCUGCACAUUAGGAAAUUGGAGAUCGUGGACCGGCCCGACUGUGAGGAGCUAGGCAACCUGCUGGAGCUGGUCCCACGCGUGGGCGCACCGGUGGCGUUGGCGGCCGGCUCCCGGGCGGAGAAGCGAGCGUGGAUGAGUGACCUCGUCAUGUUGAACACUAAGCCCAUGCUGGACAGGAGUCUGGACAGCAUACUACUAGAGUUGGAAAAGCGGCACCCUUUGAAGUUGCCGCCGGUGUCGCUCUACCGUUUCGCGGAGCCCGACUCGCCCGACAAUAUCGUGCUAGAAGAGAGGGCUGGUCCGACGCCCUUGAUAAAGGGCGCUACGCUCCUGAAGCUAGUGGAGCGCCUCACGUACCACAUAUACGCCGACCUGAACCUGGUGCGCACGUUCCUCACCACCUACCGCUCGUUCUGCUCGCCGGCCGAGCUGCUGGCGCUGCUGGUGGAGAGGUUCCGCAUACCGGAGCCGAGCGACGUGUACGACGCGCCGAGGACGUUCCCAAGGAUCAAGACGCCUAAAAAGGACAUCAGUCCGCAAGCGUCGCUCAUGGAUCUCGAUCUGGAUAUCGCGGAGUGCGUGGAAGAGAUGUCGGCGAGCAGUGACGCCGAGAAGUUGAGCAAGAACACGGCGCGGGAGGACUGGAAGCGGUACCGGAAGGAGUUCCAGCAGCCGGUCAAGUUUCGUGUGAUAAACGUGCUGAGGCAUUGGGUGGACCAGCAUUUCUACGACUUCGAGCGCGACCCGGCGUUGCUCGACAAACUGAAGGAGUUCCUCGAAUCGGUGGACGGGAAACCUAUGAAGAAGUGGGUGCAGAGCGUGCUCAAGAUUGUGCAGAGGAAGAGCGCGGGGGGCGGCGGCGCGGGGGGGGGCGGCGGGGGCGAGGCGGAGGGCGUGGCGCACGUGUUCGACCGGCUGCCGCCCGCGCCGUGCCGCCACCUCGCCGAGCCGGAGCGCUUCCGCUGGCACCCGCUCGCGCUGCACCCGCUCGAGCUCGCGCGACAGCUCACGCUGCUCGAGUUCCAGCUCUACCGGCAGGUAAAACCUUCGGAACUAGUUGGGGCCGUGUGGACGAAAAAGGACAAAGAGAAGACCAGCCCAAAUUUACUGAAGAUCAUCAAACAUACGACGAAUUUCACCCGCUGGAUGGAGAAGUGGAUAGUGGAGUCAGAGAACGUGGAGGAGCGGGCCGGCGUCGUCUGCCGCUUCCUCGAGCUGGCCAUCUGCCUGCGCGACCUGAACAACUUCAACGGCGUGCUGGCCGUCGUCGCCGCCUGCGGCAGCGCCAGCGUGCACCGCCUCAGGAACACCUUCCAGCUGGUGCCGCUGCGGCUGCUGCGCUCGCUGGAGCAGUUCCGCGCGCUCAACUCGGACCACUUCAAGCGCUACCAGGAGCGCCUGCGCAGCAUCAACCCGCCCUGCGUGCCCUUCUGCGGCAUCUACCUCACCAACAUACUGCACAUCGAGGAGGGCAACCUGGACUACCUCCCCAACUCGCAACUGAUAAACUUCUCGAAGAGGAGAAAAGUGGCGGAGAUAACGGGCGAGAUACAACAAUACCAGAAUCAGCCCUACUGCCUCACCGUGGAGCCGCGCACGAGGGUAAGCUUACGGAAUUGGGUCAAGCGCGAGUUGGGUUCAAUAGUGAAAGAUUUUUUGUGUACGUACGUACGCACGUACACGCAAACCCGCAACUCGGCGUCCACGAUGGCGGGGCGGGGGGACAACGCCCCGCGGCUGGAGCGGCCCACCGUCCCCGAGCUCCCCGUGGACAAGGGCCCCAUGGCCCCGACGCUGCUCGUGCUGUUGCAACUGCGGGCCCCAGACGAGCCCUAUAUCACGUACCUGGAGUUAGCGUUGAGUGUCGCCACGGAUUUGCUCUUGUCGAAGAAGGCGAGCUUGUCGAACAGGCUGAGCUGGCCGAGCUGCGCCAGCGAGCUGGAGCUGGAGCGCUCCAGCCGGGGGCUCGUCAGCGAUCUAUCACCUGGAACAUCAUCACCGGCAUCAUCAUCGGAGCGUGUGGGAGUCGAGAGGAGGGAGGAGCGCGUGCCGCCGCUGCUGCCGCGCCACAGCGCGCUGUCGGGCGCGCCGCCCGAGCUGGAGCCGCCGCCCCACCACCACCUGCCCACAUCGGACACGGAUGGUGAAAGGCCCUUGCCAAGUCCGAAACAUCACGAGUUGUUUAGGAGUCCAGCGAUGUCGCCGAAACGCUCGCCCGCCCCGCCGCCGGCCGCCAGCCCACUGCCACUUGAAAGGCCGCCGACUUUCAGUUUCCCAUCGGCCACAUCGCCGACGACCCAUCCGCAAUGUGAUACUAGUUGUAGCACGCCGCCGCCGCUGCCGCCGCGCCGCCGGCGGGACUCCGCCGUCACGCCCACGCACCAUGCGGGCUCGCCGCCCAGCCCGCCGCCGCUGCCGCCGCGGCCGCCGCCCGCGCCCGAGCUGCUGCGCCCGCAG